AGCUUUCUUGAUCAUUUUUUAUCAAAAGAAAAGCUUCGUUCCCAGUCAGAGGUGUUUCAACCCCAUAGAACUUCUAUCGAAGCCCGACAGGUCUUGUUCACGUUGAACCUAUCAAGCCCUUCAAGCGCGGUAGUGCCGAACGAGUGAGCCAAUAGAAUUCAACGCAGCAGGUGAAACGACAAUACUUCUCCGACAGUAAGUGUGUUUGAUCCGGACCCAAGGGGGACCAUGGUUGACCCAUCUGAUAGGCAUGUGCUUCUACAAUCAAAAGCGAUUUGCCUGCGGUGACUGGAGCUGGACGAAUUUCGCCCACCGGUGCCAUUACGAGUAUCGCACGGGCGAAACAUGCGGAAUGAAACUUGUGAACGUGACCGAUUAUGAGAAUAUUCAAUGUCGCCUCUGCGAGAAGAUUGAGACCAAGUUCCGCCGGCGAAACGCCGAGGUCGAACGGUUGAACCGCUGGAGACGCGAAGGGGGCACCCUCGUGGCCUCCAUGGACCGAUCCCAAAAGCUCAUAAUGGAGCUGGACAGAGAGAUCGGAAAGCUUCAAAUUGAGCGCGAGGACAAACGAAGCGCCCUGGGAUGAUUGGUGGAUCUGGAAACAGAAGGAUCAUGCCGGGGGGGUGUCUUUGAAAUGGGCAUCCUCUUUUUC